ACAGUCAGUCCAUUACCUCGAAGGAAAUACAGGAAAUACCUUCCCCUAUUUGUCUUCCGUCAGUACUCUUGGUUAUACUGUGUUUGCUUCACUCAGGAAAAGGCAGCUGCAGCAGAGAGGGUGUGCAACUCUCUCUUUUUGACGGAAAGUAACAGGUAGUAAGGAUCUCUGAAGAUGGAAAAAGGAUACCCUCCACAGGACUCCGCUCCACCAUACCCUGGGCCACCUGUGAACUAUGGGGGUGCAAUGCCUCAGCCAGGGAUGCAGCCUCAGCCGGGCUACUCUCCUGGAGCUCCUCCGACUGCUGCGUACCAAGGUGUUGCUUUUGCUCCUGCACCUGCUACAACAGUGACUCACAUGAUAGUGCAACCUGCACUGCAUGAAGUCCCAGGACAAACUGUGUGUCCCCACUGCCAGCAGACAGUGAUCACCCGGACUCAUCCCAAAGCAGGCCUGAUGACCUGGGCCAUCUGUGGUGGCCUCGCCCUCUUUGGGUGUUUUCUUUGCUGCUGUAUCCCGUUCUGCGUCGAUUCCUGUCAAGAUGUGGAGCAUAGCUGUCCUUCCUGCAACAGAGUCAUCUACGUAUACAAGCGAAUGUGAAACUGACUGUGAAUGGAGGAGAGAAUCUCAAUGCUUAUGUGUAGCCUUACUUGCUCAGCAACAUUCUUUUGAUAUGGAUCAAAAUUAUAACACAAAAUGCUCUUACUCUAAUCGUGUACUUACACAUUCACUGCCAUUUUGCAUCUCUGUCACGCUAUUAUUAUUUGAAUGCUAACGUUAUGUGAUGAGGCAUCUCACUGUGGGGAGUUAUAUUAAACGAUCAGUGCAACAUUUGUACAUUAUAUAAGGGACAUAAACCAACAAAUAUGCCAAUAAAAAAAAACAAAAAAAA